GACACCAUCGAUCUGACCUGCGAGGACACGAGCACAGACCCAGCACUGUGGAGCAGCCUCACCAUCAUCGACCUGACGGAGGACACAUGCAGCCCUUCCCACAGCUCUCCCCAUGCCACCAGCCGGGCUGACCAAGACCCCGGACAGGCGCCUGCUGCCCCAGCAGCACACACAUCCCAUCCCUGGCUCUGCUUCACCACAAAGCAAGAAACGGAGGCAACAGCAGGGCCGAGCCCUGCAGUACCCUCGCAUGGCGCUCCCACGGAGCCCAGUGCCACCACAGACACGGCCCAAAGUGCGGAGAACUGGAGCUGCUUCUCUCCCGCCUCCAGCCACCAUGGCUCCUCCUGCAGCCCGGAGCAGAACUGCAGCACCACCACUUUUAACAGUGACUUGGGCUCCCUGGCCAGCAUGCAGCUGAACUCAGACCUGCUGUCCCUGUCCCCCUCCAGCCUGGACAGCAGCAGCAGCCGCUGGAGAGCCAGUGGCCCGGAGGAAGAGACUCCCCACGCCUGCCAGCAAAGGGAGCUGCCCCCGAGGUUGAGCCCUGCCCCAGCCAUCCCCACAACCCCAGGGAAGGCCCAAGGGCCUUUGCUGGAAGCAGGUCACUUACCACUGCACAAAGGAAUCCAGCAAAUGACACCAGCCAGGACCAAGGCUGACAGCAAGGCCUGGCUGAACAAACUGCACUAUUUCAGGAGGAGCGGAGUCCAGCACCUCUUCCUCCAAGGCGUAGCACCCAACAGGGAAACACAGCAGCGGAAACCUGAGGUCAUCCCCAGCGGGAAGCUGAGUAUGGUGCACACCACCAUGGAGGAGAACUUCAUCGAGGGCACCUUGCAUUUCCUGAGUGAGUUCGUCUCCUGCCAGCACUGUCCCCCCAAAGAAAUCAUCUCUCACCUGAUCAGACAGAUCCUGUUGAACCCUCACCAAGGGGAGAUCCUGAAGGACACCUACAUGCUGCUGAUGAAGAUCCAAAUGCUCCAUCCAGCCAACACUGCCACGGUGGGAUGGGACUGGACGCUGCUGAAAUACAUCAUGGAGGACCAGGAGAAGCCCCCUGGCCGGCUCCUCUUCCUGCAGUACGUGGUGCAGACCCUGGAGGAUGACUUCCAGCAGAACCUGAGGUUGCAGCUGCUGCAGAAGUCGAUUGCCAAGAAAGUGCUUUCGUGUGACAUGUGCUUCAACAAUGUCAAGGAUGUGGUCGAAUGGUUGAUCGCAGCAGUUACAGGAGUGGGGUUCUCCCAGGCCCAGGAGCAGCCACAAGAGAUUACCUCCUCUUCAGCAGAAGCGAGGGCUGAACACAGCUUGCCUGCACCAUGCCUGGCCAGCACUGACCAGGCAGAGGUGGCUUCCCCAGCUUUCUUCGCCCAGAAGGUGAUGCUCCUGCUCCAGCGGAUGUUGUCCAUCGCAGUGGAAGUGGACAAAUCUCCCAACUGCAGCUCCUGUAGGAUUGCAGAUGUGAUAUUCCCAUUUAUACUGAAUAUUCCCCUGAGGAGCCAAAGGGAAGCUUUCUUAAACACCAUGGAAAGCCAGCUCCUGCGCUGCAAAGUACUAGAGCUGUUGUUCCAGCAUAGUUGUGACGUGCCCACGACCUUGCCCUUGUCUCUGGCCAAGAUCCUGUACUUCCUGAGCCACUCCUCUGUGCUGCUGCAAUACCAGGAUGAAACACCAAUAUGGCAAAGAUGGGAUGAGAUGCUGCAGUACUUGAGUUUGCUGCUGAUGAGCUACCAAAACGUAAUACUGGAGCACUUACGGAGCUCACUCAAUGACCGGAUGGACUUGAUCAUUCAGAAAGUUAAGCCCAAGCUCCAGGACAGCGAUGACAUCAGCCAUCUGGACGUUGAACUGAAGAUAGAGGACUUCAUCAGCCGGAUGCAGCAGGUCCUUGGGCAGUCUUUUCCCCUGCAGAUCACAGAGAAAUUGUGCAUGCUUCGGGAGUUGUUCCUCAUUGUCACUGCUACGUGA